AUGUCGAUCAGAAUAGCGCUCGACAAUGCGCCAGAGUUCUACACCAACCUAGACAACGUCAAAGGCCGCGUCGUGCUCCACCUGAGCCGGCCAGAGCAGAUUGGCGGCAUCGUCGUCAAGCUUGAGGGUGAGUCCAAGACUGCCCUCGGUCUGCCGCAGGACAGCUACCAUGAGCGUAACACCCGGCCCGGAGGCGGGCCCGGGAGCAUUGCGAGUGAGAACCACAAAAUCCUCUACCGGGUCGCACAGGUUUUCCCAACCUACGAGGAGGACCUUGGCGGCGGCGGCUCGAGUUUCUCCCAGAGCUACGUCAUCCAGGGAGGCCAGCACGAGUUCCCCUUCAACUUCAAGCUGCCCAUCAACAAUGCCUGCAGCGAUCCCGUCUCCAUGUCCAAGAUUGGUGGCAUCGGCGGCAUGGGAGGUUUCGGCGCUGGCAUCGGACCCUUUGGUCUCGGCGGCGCCCGGGUCAUGGACGGGAGCAAGCAGCUCUUUCUGCAGCACGUCACCAAAACCUUGCCGCCGUCCUUCACCGGGUUCCCCCGGCAGGCCGAGGUGCGGUACUACCUCAAGGUCACCAUCCAGCGCCCGGGCUUCUUGAAGGAGAACUGGAGAUAUCAGAUCGGCUUCAAAUUCAUGCCCAUCGAGCCACCCCGGCCACCCAAGACUUCGCAGGAAGCCUUUGCCCGUCGACCUUUUACCUUUAAGCCGCGGCCCCGGAGCUUACAGACGAAGAAGUCAACCAUGUUCGGUUCCAGCAGGGACGACGGCACCGGGGACGCCAACGCCGUGCCACCAUCUAUCGAGCUCUCUGCGCGUCUGCCACAUCCUCCGAUCCUGACGUGCAAUCAACCCUUACCGCUACGGCUCAUCGCAAAGAAGCUCGUCCCGUCGCACGAGCAGGUAUAUCUUACCUCCAUCCAGAUCGAGCUCGUCGGCAAGACCAGCGUACGAUGUCACGAUCUCUUUAACACGGAGAUUAGCAAAUGGGUCGUCGUCACGCAGUCCGGCCUCAGCAUCCCGCUCCUCAUGGACCCAACCUCGGAAGAUCUGAACCUCGAGAGCGUCAUCCCAGACGACCUGUGGCGCUCCAUCCCGCUACCCAACACCGUCGCGCCCUCCUUUGUGGCGUGUAACCUCCAGCGCUUCUACGAGCUCGACAUCCAGCUGGGUCUCUGCUGGGGCAAGCCACCCACGCGGGGCGGCUUCCUCAACUCGACCAAAGAAAACCCCGCGGCGCAGACAAUCUACCUCCCGCUUCACUUCUCCAAGAUUCAAAUCUACUCGGGCAUCGCGCCGCCGCCGCAGCUCCUCGAGGCGCUCGCGGCGCAGGCCAACAGGCCCGGCGCGGCGACGAUGAGCAUGCCGCCCAGGUUACCCCCGCGCACGGCGCAGUCUGCCCCCGUGACGGCGACGCAGGGGAGACCUCAAGGUCAACAGCAGCAGCAAAGACCACCGCAGCAGCACCCUGCGAUGGCGGCGCCGCAGUAUGACCCGCUGUACCCGCCGCAGAUGGGCACACCGGGGGCGGCCAACUUUGACGAGGCGCCGCCUAGUUACGAUGAGGCUAUGGCUGCGGAGGCGCCUGCGCCGGGACCGGAGUCGAGACCGGCGUACAGUGGCGUUACGAACGAGAAUGCGCCGAGUCAGAUUCCGGAGAAGGGGAAUUAG